UCUCUCUCUCACUUCCACUUUCCAUCAUUUUCCUUCUGUCUCUCUCUCUCUCUCUCUCUGUGCGUUCGAUCGACGAUCAAGAAAGAAGAAAAUGCUGGCGGUGUUUGAGAAAUCGGUGGUGAAGAGCCCCGAGGCUCUGACGAGCCCUCACUCGGACGCGGUCUCGGCUCUGAAAGAUGGGUUCUUGGCCCAGCACUUCGUCUCUGUGCACCCUGGCUCCGUCACUGUCAACCUUGGCUCCGCUGGCCUCCUGGCCUACUCGCUCGACAGACAGAACCCUCUCCUCCCCAGAUUGUUUGCGGUAGUGGACGACAUUUUCUGCUUGUUUCAAGGCCACAUUGAAAAUGUUGCUCUGCUUAAGCAACAAUAUGGAUUGAACAAAACUGCGAAUGAGGUUGUCAUCGUUAUAGAAGCUUACAGAACUCUGAGAGAUCGAGGUCCUUAUCCAGCUGAUCAGGUUGUGAGAGAUAUCCACGGGAAGUUUGCAUUUAUUCUCUACGACAGCACUUCCAAAGCCGUAUUUUUAGCUGCAGAUACUGAUGGGAAUGUUCCCUUCUUUUGGGGUACUGAUUCUGAAGGCCAUCUCGUUCUUUCAGAUGAUAAAGAAAUUGUGACGAAGGGCUGCGGGAGAUCUUUUGCACCAUUUCCUAAAGGAUGCUUCUUCACAUCCUCUGGAGGCUUGAGGAGUUUUGAACACCCCCUUAAUGAGGUGAAGCCAGUGCCGCGGGUGGACAGUUCUGGCCAGGUGUGCGGUGCAACUUUCACAGUGGAUGCAGAGUCUAAGAGGGAAACUGUUGGCAUGCCGAGAGUUGGAAGUGCUGCCAACUGGUCCUCAAACUACUGAUCUUGUUAUAAUUUCCUUCUGCGGCAAGGCUGUUGUUAUUAGGGGGCCUUCCGUUGCUUUUACUCUGUAUUUUCCUCAUCACCUACUCUCAUCUUGAAUGACUUUGGUUUUUCAAUGGAUGCUUAGCUUCAUAUCCUUAGUAGUACUUUCAAAACUAAAGACAUGAUUCGAUGCUGCUAUGAGUGUUGCUUAUUGUCAAAACUAAGCCAUGAUGUCACGGAAUAAUAUAACGGCUCUUCAAGUC